AUGAAUGCUAAUCAUUUUUACAUUUUAGCUGAACUUUAUGGUCCUUACGAACCAGUACAGGUUGUAGGACUUCAUUUGUUAAGAGGUUAUUUACCAGCGUGUGAUUGGAUUAGGCCUGAUUUCGAAGAUGUUAAAAAAUAUGCCAAAUUAUGGCAUACUGAUAAUAAAGAGGAUUUGGUUAUACAUCAUGAUAUAGGCAAUGAUGAAAAGCGAAUAAUUGAUCGUUGCUCGUUCUAUGGGUUUGAAAGUUUUAAUUUAUUUGUUAUAAAAUAUGUGAAUGAUGCUAGAAACCAAGAGGACCACAUACAUAUAGUCAAAAAAUGCCUCACAGAAAUAUAUUCACUUGAGAUAUCCAGGGAUCGAGGGUUAAGCGGAAUAUAAGUGGACAUCGUUGGGCAUAAUUUAUUUUUUGAUUUUUUACAAUAACUUGGAUUUGCUUGAAAUAGUUCCCUACAUACAUAUAUGCAUAAAUAAAAUCGCUGACUGUAAUUAUAAUCAUCUGACUCCAAUAUUUUUAUUCCUAUUCUCGUAUCCCCUUAAUCUCUCUAAAUUUCUCGAUAUCCGCUUAAAAUCCGCGGUAAUAGUUCGGUUCGAAUACACCGUC